CGACUUUUCGCUGCGAAGCAUAUUUUUUGCCCUGAAGAAAAGCAUUCAAACAGUCGUCAUGGCCCCGCGCUUCAUGAUGGAACCCAUUGCUGUUGCCAGUGCUGCCAGUACAACAAAGGUUCUGAAACAUAAGCGUCGCUAUUGCCGCAUGGACGGAUGCUCUCGUAUUGUGAAGUCACAAGGUUUAUGCCAACGGCACGGUGCCAAACCGCGUUGCUGCAAGGUCGAUGGAUGCCAGAAACAGGCCCAGGGAAAUUUUGAUGGCAUGUGCAAGUCGCACUUUAAGGCGUUUAAGCGCGAGCAGACGCCGUUGCCUCCCAAACCUUCCGACACUGCUUUGGUUUGUCCCCCUGUGGCGCAGGGGGACUCCGUUUACGACAAGGUCCUUCCUGAAUCAAUUGCCUGGAACCCCGACAUGGGCGGCGAACUACCGUUGAUUGCUCAUCUGCGAGAAGGGUUCGAAUCUGGAAAAUCUCCAGCCUGGCACCGCAACGAAGAGCGCCAAGCCCGUGGUCUUUGGCCCGUCCACAAUCCAGCGACUCAGCUUGAAGGAUGGGAGCGUGAGCUGGUGUGGAUGGAGAUUCUUGUCUUGACUGGUUCUCCUGACGCGUCCUUUCGACACCUCGCCCGUGGAUGGGGUCGCGACAAAGGCUUCCACAUGGUGCUGGCGCAAUUCAUUUGCGAGCGCCAUGGUGACGUCGAACGCAAAAAGCGUGAACGCGGCAGCCGGAAAAAGGAAGAAGAGGAAGAGUAUAUUGGUGCCGACGUAUGGGACGAUGCCUGCUACGGGGAUGUGGCGUACAAUGAAGCAUUGGCCGCUGAACUACUUAACUUUUCGGCAGCCUCUCCUAGUCAUCGACGAAUUUCCAGCUUUACACUGGACGACGACGAAGAAUUUGAUGAGGAAGAUAUGGCCGCUUACUCAAGCGAAGGCAGCCCCUUUUCCGAUAAUGAGGAAAAGCAGUACGCUGUGUAGACGAUUUUAGAACCUUCAAGAUGAUUGAAUAUGAAUGGAAAUAGACCACUCUCUAGAGAUGUUUGUGGUGACAGAUGAUGAAAGCGCAUCAAUAGAUUUGUGAAACCUGUGAUUUUGUAAUUUGCUAUAACCUGUAUGGUGUUUGUAUU